AUGGGCCUUCAAAGCGCGUGGGAUACCCCUUGCACAGGCCCAACAGUCCCAACCCGUCAGGCCCGUUCAAGUGGGCCCGUCAAGCAGGGCCGUCAGGCCCGUUCAGGUGGGCCCGUCGGGCCCAUCAGAUGGGCCCGUCAGACUAAUAGCCAAAGUGUCUUCACUUGCACUGAGUAUAUUGAUUUUGAGUUGAGUUUCAAGGUGGAGUUGAUAAAUCUUCUUGAAACAUUAUUCAAGAUUAAAUUCGUGUUAGGUGAUGCUCAAAAGAGGCAGUCAAGUGAUGAGUCUAUGGGGAUUUGGUUAACGGAGCUUAGAAAUGUAGCUUAUGAUGCUGAUAAUGUGCUAGAUGAGUUUAGCUAUGAGAGUUUUUGGCAAAAGGUAUGGAUUCAAAAUCAAAUGAUGGAUCAGGUACGUAACUUUUCAUUAUGCAAUCUUGAUAAAGUUAAGACCAUCAAACAAUUGUUGGAUAUAAUUGUGAAUGAUGUAGCUAACUCUGAUCUUAGAAUGGAGUUGGUGAGUUCAGUCCCCAAAAUUAGUUUGGACAUGAAUAUAGACUCCCUCCUCGAUGAUUCAAAAGUUAUAGGAAGAGAAUAUGAUAUCAAAAAAAUAGUAAACUUACUUAUUAGUUCAAGCAAUCAAAAGGAUAUCUCUGUUCUCCCUAUAGUGGGUAUGGCAGGUAUCGGAAAGACAACUUUAGCGAAACUUGUGUAUAACAAUGAACUGUUAAAGAAACAUUUUGAUGUACUAGCGUGGGUAAAUGUUGGUAAAAAUUUUGAUGUUGAAGGGAUUUUAAGAGAGAUUCUUAAAUCUCUUGGAGAAGACUUGGGUGAUUGUUGGGGGCGAAAAAAUUUUGAUAAAGUACUUGAAAUAUGUGCAGAAAUUUUGUGGGCGAAAAAAUAUCUUCUCAUACUUGAUGAUGUGCAAAAUGAAGAUCCUAAGAAAUGGGAUACUUUAAAGGGUUACUUAUUAAAGUUUAAUUCCAAUACAGGAAAUAAUAUUGUUAUUACAACUUGUAGUGAUAAUGUGGGGCAAAUCAUGAAGAUACAUCCCCCACAUCACUUAGAGAAGUUAUCAAAAGAUGAUUGUUGGUCUAUAAUGAAAAAAAGAACAUUCAUAGAUGGAAGAAUUCCAUUAGAUUUGGAGGUUAUUGGCAGGGAAAUUGCUAAAAGAUGUGGAGGGGUUCCAUUGACUGCAAGAGUUUUAGGGGGAAUAAUGUGCUUUAAAUUUGAUAAAAGCAAAUGGCUGGAGAUCCAAAAUAAUAAAAUUUGGGAUUUGUUGGAUGAAGAUAAUAGUGACAUCUUUCAUGUGCUUAAGUUAUGCUUUGAUCAUCUUCCAACGCCAUCUUUAAAACGAUGUUUUGCAUAUUGUGCAAUAUUCCCUAAAGAUUAUGACAUGCAAAAGGAUGAAUUAAUUCAGUAUUGGAUGGCUGAAGGGUUUCUUGAGCCUGCUAAAGAAGCUAAUAUGGUGAUGGAAGAUAUUGGCAACAUGUAUUUCAAUAUUUUGUUGGCCACUUCCUUUUUCCAAAAUGCUAGAAAGGAUGCCUACGGUAAUAUUAUUAGCUGCAAAAUGCAUGAUUUGGUGCAUGACUUUGCACUCUCAAUUUCAAAAUUUGAAACUCUAAUCUGGGAGCAAGAUUCAGUGGAUAAUGGUAGUAGCAUACACCCUUUAUUUGCCCGACUUGAUGGCAAAACAACACUAGGAAGUUCAUUUAGUGAAGUUGAUUAUACAAAAUUGCGCACGUUAAUUUCAGAAAAUUUCAACUUUGACAUCAUGUCAUCAAAUUUUAAAUGCUUACGUGUUUUAAAAUUAUCCAGGGAUGGUAGAAUGGAGUUGCCAGAUUCAAUUGAGCAAUUAAUACAUUUGAGGCUUCUUCACAUCUCAAACUCCUUUACUAUAUUAUUACCAAAAUCCAUCACCAAACUCUACAAUUUGCAAACUUUAAGAAUUGAAGGCGAUGUAGAAGAGCUUCCGGAAGACCUAAGCAAUUUGAUUAACUUAAGACAUAUUCAUAUUAAUUCUUCUAUAGAAAAACCUAAAAAUAUUGGGCGGUUGACUUGCCUUCAAACAUUGCAAUUUUUUUGUGUGGGUCCAGAUGAAGGUUAUCGGAUUAAAGAAUUGGGAUGUUUGAAGAAUCUCAGAGGAGAAAUAAAAAUAAGGAAUCUAGGGUACGUGGACGGUGAGGAAGAAGCCAAAAGUGCAAAAUUAAAAGAAAAGGAAAUAUUCAACUUGGGAUUAUACUGGGAUCAGGGUUCUGAUAAAGAUGAAAAGGUGUUGGAAGGCCUCUAUCCUCACCCAAAUUUGAAAAGCUUAACAAUCAAAUCCUAUAGCGGAAAGAAAUUCCCAGCGGGUUGUUGGUUUGUCUUCGCUAUAUCACAAUUUGAUUGA